UCUUCCAGAGAACAUGAUGGCUUCGGUGCUUUGCUCGGUCAUCUUGAUGCUCCUCUGCCUUGGCUCAGCCUGCCUGGGUGAACCGCUGCAUCUGAUGGUGGCUCCUAAUAUCUUGCGGACUGACAACGACCAGAGUGUGUACCUAGAAGCCCAGGGUUACAAAGGGAAUGCUCCUGUUCCUGUCACUGUUGAAGUUUUAAACUUUCCACAGAAAAGCCGUGUUCUCUGCACUAGAAAUGUGGUUCUUGACAGCAGCACGAAGUUCCAGAGCAUUGUUAAAAUAAGGAUUGCGAAAACUGAUUUUGAAAUAGAUGAAAACAAUCCCAAGAGAAACCGUUAUGUGUAUUUACAAGCAACGUUUAAUGACGAACACAAGGUACAGUCAGAGAUAUUGGUGUCCUUCCACUCAAGUUAUGUUUUCGUCCAGACUGAUAAGCCAAUAUACAAUCCCUCAGAGAAUGUGCAAUACAGAAUGUUUGUCACUAAUACAGACGCCAAAUCUGUCGACAGCACGGUGACAGUCCAGAUAAAGAACUCAGAAGGAAUUGUUGUGAAUGGGGAGCCAAGAAUGAAAGUAGAGAAUGGGAUGCUCAGCAAAACUUACACUCUACCCGACGUCCUCGAAAAGGAGGGGACUUGGACCAUAGAGGUGCAGCUGCCCAAACAUCCAGAAAACCUCUUUUCCACUCAGUUUGAUGUGAAAAAACACGUGCUGCCGACCUUUGCUGUGACUUUAACACCAAGAAAUAAGUUUUUCCAUGUAACCGAAAAGGAACUGAACGUGGACAUAGAGGCCAGGUACUUGUUUGAUAAUGAGGUUCAGGGCAAUGUUUAUGUAUUAUUUGGAGUUCUCCGAAAAAAUGGGAUGCGAGAGAACUUCCAAUCAACUCUGAAGAGGGAAACAUUAAAGGAUGGAAAAGCAUUGGCUACUUUAAAAAGGGAGGAUAUCAAACCAGCAGUUGAUGAAUUGUUGGGUGAUUCGAUCUACAUUAGAGCUCAGGUCAUCACAAGCACAGGCAGUGAUAUCGUAGAUGCUGAAGCUACAGUCAAGGUGGUUAAAUCUCCCUACAGAAUACUUUUCCCCAAGUCAUCCAGAUACUUUAAACCUGGCUUCCCUUUCAGUCUUUAUACAAAAGUGAUCCUAUCAGAUGGCUCUCCAGCAGAACAAGUGCGCUUGAAAUGUGACGGCAUGGACGUGGUUGUAAAUACCAACAAGCGUGGAGUUGCUGUGUUUAGUGUUAACACAAAUGAAGCGGAACAGAAAAAGUUGGUGACAAUAAAAACUGCUGUCUCCGACAUGCCAGACAGUUACCAGACAGAGGAGCAGAUAACUUUGUACGCCUUUCAAAAAAAACUUGCGAAAGAGUAUCUACACCUCAGUUUUGGGGAAACCUCAGCUAAACCGGAUGGGCAUAUUCAAAUCACCAUCAGUUUCAACGAGCAACAGCUGAUGGCAGAAUAUGUCUCCUACAUGGUGGUGAGCAGGGGCCAGAUAAUUAAGGCAAAUAAGUGGUCUGUCACUGGGAGCAGGCAGAUAAAAGAGAUGCUAGAGGUCAGCAGAGACAUGAUCCCCUCAUUCCGACUUGUAGCCUUCUACACCGUUUCCAACCACAACGAAGUGAUUUCUGACUCUCUGUGGGUGGAUGUAGAGGACAUGUGCCAGGGCAAGCUCGAACUGUCAAUUCACCGGCAGAGGCCAGAAUACACUCCGAAGGCUACCGUGAAACUCCGGGUGAAAGGGGAUCCAGGGGCCUUGGUGGGCCUAGGGAUUGUGGAUAAGGCUGCCUUGACACUGAGCAACAAAGGCAUCCUCACCCAGGCUAAGAUUUGGGAUACUAUAGAGGACCAAGACAUUGGAUGCACCAGGGGAGGGGGAAAGGAUAACAUGGGCAUUUUCACAGAUGCGGGGCUUGUCUUUGCCUCGAGUGCAGGAGAGAAGACGAUGCCCAGGCAAAGUCAUACAUGCAGUUCUAAUGAUGCUCUUCAGAGGAAACACAGAUCAGCCACCUUGACAGAAAUGAAACUAGAACUGGAAAACCGCUACAAUGAUAAUCUGCUGAAGAAGUGCUGCCAUGAUGGCAUGAUAGAGUUUCCUUUGGAAUACUCCUGUGAGAAGAGGUCUUCCUACAUCUCAGAAUCCCAUGAGUGUGUGGAGGUAUUCCUGCACUGUUGUCACGAUAUACAGAACAAAAAAAAGCACUACAACGUCCAAGAACUGAGUCUGUCCCGCACCAGUGAAAGUGACUUUGACGAAUCUUCAAUUUAUGUCAGAUCCAAAUUUGAAGUCAGCUGGAUGUGGAAAACUAUUUCCCUUAAUGAAAAUAUAGGACCAGAUGGACUUGUUACGUACCAAGAGGAUGUACCCCUGAAGGACUCCAUCACUCAGUGGAAGAUCAUGGCCAUCAGCGCUUCCCUCUCUAAAGGCGUGUGUGUUGCAGACCCCAUGUACAUUACUGUUAAGAAACGUUUCUUUGUGGACCUGCGCUUGCCGUACUCUGUCGUGAACAAAGAACAAGUGAACAUUAAAGCAGUCUUGCACAACUAUUAUGAAGAGAAUAUAAAAUUCACAGUGGAGCUCUUGAGAAAUGAGUUUGUGUGCAGCGAGGCCAGUACCAGUGGAAAGACUCAAAAGACAGUAGAUGUACCCUCUUACUCCAGUAGCUUGGUGCAGUUUACUGUCAUUCCCUUGAAGGUGGGUUUGCACAGUAUCAAAGUACGUGCCUUCAACAGGGAGUACGAAGCUGGGGAUGCCAUUGAGAAACUACUGCUGGUCGCGGCAGAGGGAGUGGAAACAUUCAAGAAGACUGUGAAGAUUUUGAAUCCCUCCAUCAAAGGUGGGAUACAGAGGGAAGAGUUUUCGCUGCCAUCGCUGGAAAGGAUAGUUCCAGGCUUAGACCCCACAAGCUAUAUUACUGUUCUAGGUGAUGAGCUGGCAGACACAUUGGAGAACUCACUAAGUGGACAUGUUCUGAGCAAGCUCAUUAAGAUGCCUGGUGGCUGUGUGGAGCAGAACCUGGCCUCCAUGGCAUCCCCAGUGAUUGCCACCCACUACCUGGACAGUUCCAAUGCCUGGGAGAGUGUAGGUGUACAGAAGAGAGAGGAAGCACUCUCCUAUAUCCGAAAAGGUUAUGAAAAACAACUUCAGUACCGCAAUUCAGAUGAUUCAUACCCCCCUUAUGGAGGAUUGUAUCCGAGCACAUGGGUGACUGCGUACACGGCCAAAGUGUUCGCCGUGGCUUACCCGUUUGGCCAUGUUGAUGGCAAUCGCGUUUGCCGGCCAAUUGCAUUCCUAAUACAGCACAAACAGACACCUAAUGGCUACUUUGAAAAAGGAGCUUCAGUGUAUGAUUCCACGCUCAUGGGUGGGGCCAAAGAUGAAGAAGCUCCAGGACUCACUGCCUUUGUUCUGAUAGCCAUGAAGGAAGCCCAGCAGAUCUGUGAUCAAGGAGUCCCAAACAUCCACAGCAGCAUGUCAAAGGCAUCAGAUUAUUUGCUUAAUCUACUGCCAGGACUGUCAAGCCCUUACAUUUUGGCCAUAGCUUCCUAUGCCUUAGGACUUUAUGGAACACCCAAGGAGACUCUGAUGAACUACCUGAAGAAGGCUGACUCUUCUGAUGAGUUUAAUAAACCUACAGUUAUUGAAUCGCUGAUUGAGGCCAAAGGCUAUAUCCUGCUAGCCUUGCUGAAGCUGGAUGAGCUGGAGAUGGCUGCCUCUGUGAGUCAGUGGCUCAUGGAGAAGGCCAGUGCACAAGGCCAGUUUGGCUCCACUCAGAGUACCAUGGUGGUGUUCCAGGCUCUGGCACAGUAUAAGCUGCAAGAACCCAGGAAACCAGCGAAAAACUUGAAUGUGAAGCUGUCCAUCAAGGGAAGGAGUCGACCAGUACAGUGGACAUUCACCAGAAACACCUGGUUUGCUUCCCGAUCUGAAAAGGUUCACAAGCUUACAAACUUCAUACUGGAGGCAGAGGGCAGUGGAACUGGCAAGAUUGUGUUUUUAACAGUGUACAAUGCAAUCCCCAAACAAGAGGAGUCAUGUGAGAGUUAUGAGAUGGAUGUCCAGAUUAAGCCUGUACCACGAGCUGAUGUACAGGAUAAAUAUGGUAUAUCCGUAGCUCAAGACACGAAUAUUUACGAGCUGAAAAUCUGUCUCAGGCUGCUGCCAGGAACCCCAGAAACAAUGACAAUUUUGGAUGUUUCAAUUCCCUCUGGUUUUGUUCCAUCCUGGACUGAACUAGAAAUGCUGAAAAAACGGGUGGACAAGUUGAUUGACUAUUACAGUUUUGAUGAAGAACUGUCAUCCAAAGGGUCACUUAUCAUUCAUCUCUACAAGAUGCCUCGGGAUUUCCAGCACUGUGUGCCAGUACUGCUUUUCCAGGAAUAUAUUGUGGGUCUGCUCCAGCCAUCCACUGUCACAGCAUAUUCCUAUUACAACAAGGAAAAGAACUGCACAAAGUUGUACCAUCCUGCAGGAAACAGCACACAGCUGAGCACCAUCUGCAUUGGAGAUGUGUGCAAAUGUGCUGAAAAAAGCUGCCCGUCAGUCAAUAUACAGAGGAUCGACAUACAACAGCCUGCAGUACAACCAAACAUGUUUAUCAGAUCAGUAAUUGGAAUUCAGCAUGACCAAAUACAAGACAAGUAUAUCAUGGAGAUUGAAAAGCCUGUUAAAUUAGGUGAAGACAUAGUAAAACAGGGGGACAAGCGAACAUUUGUCGCCCACAUCAGCUGCAGGAAGGUGCUGAAUCUGAAGCAAAAUCAGAAGGUACUGAUCAUUGGACACCCAAACAAUAUCCUGAAGACAUCAAAAGGAGAGUUCUACUACUUGCUCUCAGCUGACACCUGGCUGGAGCCAAUACCCAGCAGCACAGAAUGCCAGGGAGCUCAGAAGACAGCUUGCCUCGCAAUACAAGAGUUCUUAAUUGAACUUGAGUUGUUUGGCUGCCCCCUGUGAUUUAUACCCCCCCCCCCCCCCACAUCACUCAUUUCAUCAAACUUCAGUUAAUGUACUGACCCUGCCUUUUAUCCUCUCACCCCCCAUCACCAUUUCCACAAAGGGUUAACUUUCCUUUUUGUAAAAUGUAAUAGUAUGCUACAGUAAAACAAUAAAA